UUCAGGCUGGAGAGAAGUCCUCCCGUACAGCUUCUGGAAAGUCUAGCUUCUGGGAGCCCUGGGCCAAGGGUACUGUGCGCACCCCCAAAAGCACUUUAGAUUCCCCAGCGCAGACCCGAGAUGGGACCGGGACAGGCAGGGGGCGCGCUUCUGCUGCAGCUGCUACUGCUCACUCAAGGUCUUUUGAGUUGUCUGGCAUAUAAUGUUGGCCUCCCAGGAGCGAAAAUAUUUUCUGGGUCUUCAAGUGAACAGUUUGGCUAUUCGGUGCAGCAGCUUACGACCCCACAAGGCAACUGGCUACUGGUUGGUUCGCCAUGGAGUGGCUUCCCUGACAACCGAAUGGGAGACGUGUACAAGUGCCCUGUUGACUUACCCACUGCCACCUGUGAAAAGCUGAAUCUGCAAAAUUCAGCAAGCAUCUCAAAUGUUACCGAGAUAAAGACCAACAUGAGCCUGGGUUUGACCCUCACCAGGAAUCCGGGGACCGGCGGCUUUCUAACCUGCGGUCCUCUGUGGGCACAUCAGUGUGGAAAUCAGUAUUAUGCAACUGGAAUUUGUUCUGAUGUCAGUCCAGACUUUCAGUCGUUGACAAGCUUCUCACCUGCAGUUCAAGCUUGCCCUUCCCUCGUAGAUGUCGUAGUUGUCUGUGAUGAAUCAAACAGUAUUUAUCCCUGGGAAGCAGUAAAGAAUUUUUUGGAAAAGUUUGUGCAAGGCCUGGAUAUAGGACCUAAAAAGACACAGGUGGCGUUAAUUCAAUAUGCCAACGACCCAAGAGUUGUCUUUAACUUGACCACUUACAAAAACAAAGAAGAUAUGGUUCAGGCCACAUCCGAGACGCGCCAGUAUGGUGGGGACCUCACAAACACCUUCAAGGCUAUCCAAUUUGCAAGAGACAUUGCUUAUUUACCGGAGUCUGGCGGGCGCCCAGGUGCUACAAAAGUCAUGGUAGUUGUGACUGAUGGGGAAUCCCAUGAUGGGUCGAAGCUGCAAACUGUGAUCCAGCAAUGCAAUGAUGACGAGAUACUGAGGUUUGGCAUAGCGGUUCUUGGAUAUUUAAACAGAAAUGCUCUUGAUACUAAAAAUCUAAUCAAAGAAAUUAAAGCAAUCGCUAGCACUCCAACGGAGAGGUACUUUUUCAAUGUGGCCGAUGAGGCGGCUCUUCUGGAGAAAGCUGGCACUCUAGGGGAGCACAUAUUCAGCAUUGAAGGCACUGUUCAAGGAGGAGACAACUUCCAGAUGGAAAUGGCACAAGUUGGAUUCAGUGCAGAUUACUCUCCUCAAAAUGAUAUCCUGAUGCUAGGUGCAGUGGGAGCUUUUGACUGGAGUGGAACUGUUGUCCAGGAGACAUCUUACGAGCACUUGAUCUUUCCUAAACAAGCCUUUGACCAGGUUCUGCAGGAUAGAAAUCACAGUUCAUUUUUAGGUUACUCUGUGGCUGCAAUUUCUACUGAAAAUGGUGUCCACUUUGUUGCUGGUGCUCCUCGAGCAAAUUAUACUGGCCAGAUAGUGCUGUACAGUGUUAACAAGCAUGGCAAUGUGACCGUGAUUCAGUCUCACAGAGGGGACCAGAUUGGCUCCUAUUUUGGCAGUGUGCUGUGUUCGGUGGAUGUGGAUAAAGAUACCAUUACAGAUGUGCUCUUGGUAGGUGCUCCCAUGUACAUGAACGACCUCAAGAAAGAAGAAGGGAAAGUCUACCUGUUCACAAUCACAAAGGGCGUCCUGAACCAGCACCAGUUUCUUGAAGGACCUGAAGGCACUGGAAAUGCUCGGUUUGGUUCAGCAAUUGCAGCCCUUUCAGACAUCAACAUGGAUGGCUUUAAUGAUGUGAUUGUUGGUUCGCCUGUAGAGAAUGAGAACUCUGGAGCUGUGUACAUCUACAAUGGCCACCAGGGUACCAUUCGCACCAAGUACUCCCAGAAAAUCCUUGGAUCCGACGGAGCCUUUAAGAGCCAUCUCCAGUUCUUUGGAAGGUCCCUGGAUGGCUAUGGAGAUUUAAAUGGGGACUCCAUCACUGAUGUAUCCAUUGGUGCUUUGGGGCAAGUGGUUCAACUCUGGUCACAAAGCGUUGCAGAUGUGGCCACAGAAGCUUCGUUCACUCCAGACAAAAUCAUAUUGCUCAACAAGGAAGCUAAGAUAACCCUCAAACUCUGCUUCAGAGCAAAGUUUAGACCUCCUGGGCAAAACCACCAAGUGGCCAUCCUGUUUAACAUGACACUUGAUGCUGACCAAUAUUCAUCCAGAGUAACCUCCAGGGGGAUAUUUAGAGAAAAUAGUGAGCGAUUCUUGCAGAAGACUAUGGUUGUAAGUGAAGUGGAGAACUGUUCUGAGUACCACAUUAGUAUACAGAAGCCCUCUGAUGUUGUCAACCCUUUGGAUCUGCGAGUGGACAUCAGUUUGGAAAAGCCAGGCACUAGCCCUGCCCUUGAAGCCUAUUCAGAAACUGUGAAAGUCUUCAGUAUCCCUUUCUAUAAAGAGUGUGGCAGCGAUGGAAUUUGCAUCUCUGACCUGAUCCUGGAUGUCCGACAGCUGCCAGCCCUUAGAAAUCAGCCCUUUAUUGUCAGUAACCAAAACAAGAGGUUAACAUUUUCAGUCACACUGAAAAACAGAGGGGAAAGCGCGUACAACACUGCCGUCCUGGCUGAGUUUUCUGAGAACUUGUUUUUUGCCUCUUUCUCCAUGCCGGUCGAUGGAACAGAAGUAACAUGCCAGAUUGGUUCAUCACAGAAAUCUGUUACCUGUGACGUGGGAUACCCUGCCUUAAAGAGUGAGCAGCAGGUGACUUUUACCAUUAACUUCGACUUCAAUCUUCAGAACCUCCAGAAUCAGGCGGCCAUCAAUUUCCAAGCCUUCAGUGAGAGCCAAGAAACAAACAAAGCAGACAAUUCGGUCAGCCUCAUAGUUCCUCUCCUGUAUGACGCUGAACUUCACUUAACCAGAUCCACCAACAUAAACUUUUAUGAAAUCUCUUCGGAUGAGAAUGCUCCUUCUGUCAUAAACAGUGUUGAAGAUAUUGGUCCUGAAUUCAUCUUCUCUCUCAAGAUAACAGCGGGAAGUGCUCCAGUGAGCAUGGCAUCAGUAACCAUCCACAUUCCUCUGCACACCAAGGAAAAGAACCCACUCCUGUAUCUGACCGGGAUACAAACAGACAAGGCUGGCGACAUCAGCUGCAGAGCAGAAAUUAAUCCACUAAACUUACCACACACGGCCUCACCCGUAUCUUUCAAGAGUGAAAACUUCCGGCAUAUGAAAGAAUUGGACUGCAAAACCACUUCCUGCAGUAACGUCUCCUGCUGGCUGAAAGACCUUCACAUGAAAGCGGAGUACUUUAUCAAUGUGACUACCAGGGUUUGGAACAGGACCUUUGCUGCAUCAACUUUCCAGACUGUGCAGCUGACAGCAGCAGCCGAGAUCGAUACGCAUAACCCUCAGCUCUUCGUGAUUGAAGAAAAUGCUGUCACGAUUCCCCUCAUGAUAAUGAAACCCACCGAGAAAGCAGAAGUGCCCACAGGAGUUAUCAUAGGAAGCAUAAUUGCUGGAAUCCUUUUGCUGUUGGCUAUGGUUGCAGGCUUGUGGAAGCUCGGCUUCUUCAAAAGACAAUAUAAAAAAAUGGGCCAAAAUCCAGAUGAGACGGACGAGACCACAGAACUCAACAGCUAAACCAUCGGCAGGCACAACUGUGUGGGGGCUAUCGGCAUCCUGGAGAGAGUCCGCUGGUGUAAUGAAUGGAUUUCUUUUAAAUCCACUUUUAAAUAAUUUAAUAGGUAAACUAGCCCGAUCAUUUUAGAGUAUCUGCUGGUCAGUUGGAGAUGACAAAAUUGUGGGUGGUGGUUAGGGGUAGAAAGGCCAAAGGCAUCACAUAGGAAGGAAAAAAGUUAUCUUUAGACUGGCUAGUCCAGUGUUUACCUUUCAUCAGGAAGACAGAAUGCUUCUAGGCAUGACAAACCUUCAAGAAGAUUGAAAUGUUUUUCAAAUUUGGGAGUGAGAAAGUGCAUGGGAAUGCUCUUUUUAAUUUGAUUAACAGUAACAGUGAAAGUGGAAAGUACCUGGUGUGUAUAUUAUACAUAAUAUAUAUGUUAUAUAUUAUCCAUAUAGCAUAUAUAUUAUACAUAUAUAAUCGACAUAAAUCAUAUAGUAGAUCAUAUGUUUAUAGGUAUGUAUAUAUGUAUAUGUAUAAAUGAGUACUUUCUGCAGAUAUAACUAUAUUAAUAUUAUAAUGAAUAUGAACGUUUGUUGACAAGAGCGAAAACCAGCAUAGAUUGCUUUUCAAUUUAUGCUGCUCAUCAAAGGAUGCCACAGGGAUAUUUUUAAGUGGUAAUCUUAUUUAUUAACUAAGUUAAAAAUAAAGUCCUCCUAUUGCAGGACAGUAAUCUCAGCUACUACUCAGGAAGCUGAGACAGGACUUAAGAGUCUGAGGUCUCCCUGAGCAGCCUCUUUUUAAAAAGCAGGUAGAACACAUGCUUUCUUUCAGCCCUUUUAUGCCUCUUCUGAGUCCUAUCUUACUAUGAACAUGCUUGAAAUGCUUGAAUAACCAAGAGAAACACACACACACACACACACACACACACACACACGCACGCACGCACGCACACGCAGAUAAAUAUACCACCUACUAAAGAAACCUCUACAGACAUUGAGCUGGGGUAGGUUUAAAAACCAAGGCACCAAAAUUGACUUGUAACCUAUAGCAAAUUUAUAGUAUAACUGUCUGCUGUGGGCCAUCCUUGCCUAAGGGGGGGGGGCUUUCUUUCCUUUUAGGAAUCACAAGAAUUCUCUUUUAAUCGAUUAGAUAUCUGGGAGAGACCUAGUGUAUCUUUUGCAAGCUGCCUCCCUAACCACUCCCCUUUCCUGCUGCCUUUAUGACAAAGGCUGUGGCCUGCUUUUCUCUUCAGCCAUUACCUCCUUUCCUUUCCCCACCAUUCACAUCUCCUACAGCAUGAAUACCAACCCUGACACACUACCCCAAGUGUUGGAAGGAGAAUGUCCUCUGUUUAGUUCACGCAUCUGUGUGAUUUUACACUCCUUAACUUUAGGGGGCCAUUUUCAUUUGCUGCUAAACAAGUAAUUAAGCCACGCCUGAAUUUGUUACCGAUACAAAAAGAAAAAAGUGACUGGAAAGGCUCAGGAUUUGAGAGCAGCAGAAACCACUAACUUAGCACUAACUAUGCUUGAUUCGGGGGGUACAACUGUUCAGCCCUAACUCCUGAAGCUCUGUCGUGACAGAAGGCCAGCCAGCCUGCAUUUUGACAAGUUCUUGGUCCUUGUAAACACUGCACUCCAGGGAGGAGGUCUUUUCCUCCCAUUUGCUCCUAUUGCUGAGACUAUACAGUCUCUAGAAGAGAGUGGGUGGGAGAGCAGGGUUCAGGCACAGCUGUGGAACUCCCUUUGUCACACACUAUAUACAAAAGGCUCUAGCCUGGGCCCUAACCUCUAGGAGCUUCAUUGUUCUUCUUAGGAAAGAGGAAGUUAGGCUUAGGGCUAGGCAGGGACUCCAACUUAAAGGCCACCCUUAAGGAUUUCCUGCUCUACAACCUCUAAGAAUAAGACCUAGGGAUAACAGAGGAAAACCAACUUGUUCAUGUGUGUGUGGAUGGAUGGCCUUGACUGCCCUUGUGCCAGGCCCCUGGGUGGCAGUCCAGAGCUCCUUGAACCACUUAGUGGCUCACUUCAGCCUUAGUAAAGCCAAAUAAAGAAGGAAAAAAAAUAUAUUAGCUGUAACAGUCAGGGAGGUACAGCAAAAACAGAUUAGUACUUUGAGUUACAUGAUCCAGAUUCCUUCAAUCCCUACAGAUUCAUCAUUCUAACGAAGUUUUAAAGGGUGCAGAAACCAGUCAUGCGGUUGCUAGAGAAUAUUUCACACAGCAUGUUAAUUUAUUGCACACUUGUGUAUAUGUGCACGGUGUGUGCUGGGUUACAACAGAGACUUAGACACAGUCCUGAAACCCAUUUCCCACCCUACCCACUGGGCUUUAGAGCUUGGCAGUAUUGUCAUUUUGAAACAGACAGUUUAGGAGGGAAGGGGCUGCCUCGUGCUUUACAAGGUUUUAAGGAGCCAUGCCUGGCUUCUACUGACUCCUCCCAUGGCCUUGACAAUAACAAAUGUCCCCAGGUUUUACCAAAUGACUCCUGUAGUUUUCAGGAAUUUUAAGCAAAGAUGAGUGUUCUUAAGGAAUCAUUGGGGGCCAGGUAGGUGGUGUUGGAGAGGAAAAUAUGUGGUCCAUUCAACCAUAUUUUUGAUUUAACUGAACUACAGGAUUCAAAGAUGGCAGGGUAAAACAUACAUUUCAUAAGUGGUAGAUCACAAAAUAUGACCUUAAAAACCUGAAUUGCUUCUUGCCUGGCCACUACACAACUCUACAAAGAGCAGCAGGACGAAUUAGUGUAAUAAAGAAACUGAACUCACUUAAAAUACACACCACUCAUUUCAGCAGCAAACUACGGACGUCUAACUGAACGUUAGACGUUAGCAGUGUUAUUUUUAUAUGACAGUGAAACUUGCCUUUUUAACUGUGAAGAGUAAAGACAUCUAAGGUCAAUUCAUGACAAACACAAAAGCGAUUAUUCUAAACUAUAAAGGAUGAUGUCAUUUUGUAUCUAUCCUGACACAUAGCUGAACCCAACAUGUGAAAAUCUCAUUAAGAUUUCACUAAACGGAAGACAGGAUCCUCAGCUGAGCUCCCUCAUUUAUCUCCUUGUACACAAAGAACAAUUGCACACACAGUCUCCUAGGCCACCCCCUUCAUGUACCUUUCAGGAGGUACAUCAGCAUCAUCGUCCUCAGCAGAAAAGAGUAAACAUCCAGAGACGAAAGAUAAACAUGAGGGAAAGUUGGAAGUACAAUAUUUACGACUUUGAAUUUUAAAGUAUAAAGACAUAGUCAUCAUGUAAAUAUAUAGAUUGUAUUGUUUGUACUUGGUUUUGGCAAACGAAGCUGAAACAUAAAUGUAUAUAUUGCACAACUGUAUUAGAACUGUCUUAUUUUUUAAAGAGGGAACUGUCCUAUUUCCUUCUCAUGUGAUGAGUAAUCUUGGUAAGAUGUAAUGCUUGCUGGUUUUAAUUAAACGUGUUUUGUCAUUUUUUUUUUCUCUCCACCAAAAGUAUAUAAGAUGAAUGUAUUUGCUUGUACACCAACUUGGUGAAUUUAUUUGACUUCUUAAAAACAAUCAAAUUGUAGUAAUCAAUGUAAAUAAAAGCAGAAGAACCAGACAGAAACGUUGUAUUUAACUGUAAAUCAUCCUUUUCAUACCCUGUUAAAUAUUAAAAUUGUUUUGACAGUA